AUGCACUCUUCAGAGAAGUUAGAUCUGAUAAGGACAAGGAAAUGGCAGAAUCUUGCUGCUGUAAGGCGAAAAGGAAUCACACCGAGAAGGGCCUUUUUUGUUGCGUACUCUGCAGAUCAGAAACGGUUUUUGCUUCCUUCGGAUUAUCUUAAAAUUGUCAGAGCGCUGCUUAAACUGGCAGAAGAGGAGUUAUGGAUUGUCCAGCAAUGGGCCUUUCAAGUUGCUUUGAUCAAACAGCCAGUCACUAGAGAUGCCUGUUGUCUCUGCCUAGCAGUCGCUGCUAAACAUCUUCAGAACUCCAUCAUCCAGUAUAAGACCAUCAAUUACCGAUUUUCGCUUCUCAAAUAUCGUAGAAAACUCAAAAUUUAUGAUAUACAUAAUUUCUUCGAUAAAGUUUGUUCAAUGAAAACUCAAAGAGAAAUCUCUCGCAAUUUACAGUUCAAGGACAUGCGCAAGUUAGAGACAUUAGCAUCAGUGGCCUCAUCAUAA